CUAUGGUGAGAUGACGCCUUAUAGGGGGCGGGGCGCCUGUGGAUGGCGGCGGCGCGGGACGGCGCUGGGAGUAACGCGGGAAUGCCGAGCAAGAGGUCCCAGGCGAAAGGGCGAUCAGCCAAAACUUUGAAAGCGUUGCAGUUUUCCAACCCAGGACGACAGACGGAUUUCACCCCAGAAACUAGUGCGCGAGAGAAGAGGCGGCUGACCAAGUCCACACCCACAGGGUCAGAAAGACAAUCGGCCUCAUCAAAGAACAAAGUUUACGACAGCAGAGGUAUCCUCAUAACCAGUGGAAUGGAUCUGUGCGAUUGCCUGGAUGAAGACUGCAUGGGCUGUUUCUAUGCCUGCAGAAAGUGCGGCUCUAACAAGUGCGGUGUGGAAUGCAGGUGUGAUCGCAAGUGGGCUUACGAGCAAAUUGAAGUAGAAGGAGGGGAAGUUAUCCGUAAUAAACAUGCUUGAACUGGGUGUGAGAAAUGGAACAUUGCUGCCUAUUUACAGGUAUAAGACUGUAGUCUGUGUUCAGUGAAGAUUUUUAAAGGAGCAGAGCUGACUUCUCUGCUGAAGACUGUUUAAAAAGCCUCAGGCUUCCAUUAAUUCUUCUCUCCCCCCCCCUUUUUUUUUUUUUUUUUUA